UUUGCCGGCAGGCGGCAAAUCGCGAAUCGCGAUCUGUCAGUAAAAAUCGAAACGUGGUAGGCGUGUGUUGUGUGAAGCGUUUGUUUGAUAUAAAUAAAUAAAAACGUGUCAGCAACAUACGGUUUAUAACUGAAAGUUGCUGAGAAAAAUGUGUGGAAUCUGGGCGACAUUCGGCGUGGAUGGUGGUCUGUCACCAACCUGCAUCAAAUGCUUCAGUGCAAUCGUUCACCGAGGUCCAGACGCCUGGAGAAUCGAACAGGACUCGAGAGAACAGCUGGCAAUACUCGGUUUUCAGAGGCUAGCCAUUGUCGACGGGCUCCAUGGCAUGCAACCGAUGCGGCUCCAUCGCUACCCAAGAGUAACUCUCAUUUGCAACGGUGAGAUAUACAACUGCAACCGACUACGCGAUGAAUUCCAAUUCCCAUACGAAACCAACUGCGAUGUAGAAGCCAUCAUCCACUGCUAUAAGAACUUUGGAAUCGCUGAAACUGUCCGAAAGUUGGACGGCGUAUUCUCCUUCUGCCUCGUCGACGGUGAUGUUAGGAAAGUAUUUAUUGCCAGAGAUCCGUAUGGUGUUCGUCCGCUGUAUAAAAUGAGCGACGAUGAGAACGGUGUGAUGGCUAUUUGUUCAGAAGCUAAAGGCCUUAUCGGGUUGAAGCAAAAAGCUUCAGAGAAAUCCACACUAGGACAAUUCCCGCCUGGUCAUUUCGAAGAAUGGGAUAUCUGUGAGAACAACAAGGUGAAACUUAACUACGCUGAAAAAUACUUCCAACCAGGCACACCGCCUACAUUUACACCUUUCGUUGCUGAAAGUGAUUUAGAGAAACUUAACAUGUACGAAAAAACAGCUGCGUUACUGGAAGCGGCGUGUAAGAAGCGUCUGAUGUCUGAGAGACGAAUCGGUUGCUUGUUAAGUGGAGGUUUGGAUUCGUCAUUAAUUACCGCUUUGGUAGUAAAACUUGCCAAAGAGCACAAGCUACCGUACAAAAUACAAACAUUUGCAAUAGGUAUGGGAGAUUCGCCAGAUCUAAUCGCUGCCAGAUCAGUUGCUGAUUAUCUCGGUACAGAGCAUCAUGAAGUUCUUUUUGACGAAAACGAUGUCAGACAAGCACUGGAUAACGUUAUUUACCAUUUAGAAUCAUAUGAUAUAACUACCAUUCGAGCUAGCUUACCUAUGUAUCUGUUAUCAAAGUAUAUCAAGGAGAAAACUGACACUACAGUAAUCUUUAGUGGAGAAGGUGCUGAUGAACUUGCACAAGGUUAUAUUUACUUUAGAGAUGCUCCCACCGAAAAGGAUGGCCACGAAGAAAGUAUACGACUACUGUCAGAUAUUUAUCUAUACGAUGGGCUAAGAGCUGAUCGAACAACUAGCGCCUUCAGUUUAGAACUACGUGUGCCAUUUUUGGAUAUACAAUUCACUAGUCAUUACUUAAGUUUAGACCCAAAGUUGAGACAACCACAGGAUAGCGUGGAAAAGCAUCUUCUAAGGAGCAGUUUUGCUUCAAGUGGUCUUUUACCAGAUUCAAUACUAUGGAGACAUAAAGAGGCAUUUAGCGAUGGUGUCGCAUCAGUUAAAAAGUCUUUGUUUACAACAAUAUCGGAAAUUGUAGCAGAGAGGCAGCCUGCAGGUGAUCAGAAAUACGCAGGUGUACAACCCACAACAGACGAGUCAAAGUACUAUAGGUACAUUUUUGAAAAAUCAUUUCCUGGACAACACAACUUCACGCCGUACUAUUGGAUGCCUAAAUGGGUAAAAGUUUCAGAUCCCUCAGCGAGAUUUAUCAAACAUUAUGCUGCAAAAUAAUUAUUACUUUUAUAAUAAAAGUUUGUGUUAUUA